AUGUUAACAAAACUGUCGUUACCAGCUGUCAUCUGUGUAUUUUUAUUAACCGCAACAAUAGCGGCGGAAACAACAACCAAUACUACAACAAAGACAGUACCAACCGCAAGAGUGAAUGAUGUCGGCAACAGUACAACAUCACGGGACAAAGCAAUAACAACAGUGGAAAUAACAACACAAGUCAAUUGUAGUAAAAGUGUGAGUAGAAGCAGAAGCCAAAAAGAUGUCGGCACUACCCCGCUAAAUGCGUCGAAAUUUGGCAACAAAAUCAGAGCCGUGUCAGAGGGUGUGCGCGGCGGCGAAACAACAACAUCACUACUGCCACUACAACCACCUUUAAAUGUGACAAGCACCACAACAAGCAAUUUCCUCGCACCAACGACCGGCAGGAGAUCCGCCAGGCGCCAGCAGGAGAGCGCUGCGCCACCUCAGUCCCAGACGCUUUCGCCGGCACAAUUGCUUUUGUCUCCACCCACGAAGUCACAAACAUCUUCAACAGCAGCUACAAAUGCGAUUGUGCGUUCUCCAUUGGCUCGCGCCUUAAGACAGUCAAAUGUCAAUGUGGAGAAUGUUGCCAAUGUUGUCAGAAAUGACAGUAACACAUUGCAACAUGACAGCGAGAAAAAGGAUCUCCGAAAGGCAAACGAAUUAAUACCAGCACCAGUCGUAGAGAUUUAUAGCGAAAAUGACACGAAAAGCUCCGACCCAAAUACUCAUAGAACUCUGCGUCAAAAGUCAAAGUCAAGCGAGUACAUACAUUUCGACAUAAAUGAAGAGGAUGGCAGCAUACAUGCAACGGCAGCACCAACACGAGCCACACGAGUGGAGACAGUGAAUGAAGUACUUUCUAACCUCUUUCCGAAUGGUUUUACCGACAUUUUUCGCUUCAGUUAUGCCUCAGAACAACCGACGCAAGCGGUUGCAACACAAGGCACAGGAGAAAUGUCAAAGUCAGCAUCUGUUGCAACACCGGAGACAACAACUGAAGCCAAGCUAACAACAGCGCCUAGUAGUACAACAACAACUGCAACGCCAUCAACCGAAAAAUCAGAGCAAUCACACACAAAAGCUUUCUACAGCUACGAAACAAGUGUCUCAAAGGAAUAUCGACGCGAACUGCGUCCUGGCCAUACGGAGAUUGUGGUGGAGAAGCUGCAGCUGUUGCCGCGCGGCGCCAACGUCGGCAGUGACGAGUUCAGCGAUGGCAGUAAUCUGAUAACCAAAGACGAUUUGUUGCGGAUCAAUCGAGCGGCAGCAGAUGCGCCCGUCUUACCGAGUUUGUUAAUGAAUCCCAGUCAAGAGAAUGCUAACGGUACAGUAGAGCAGCAGUCAAGGAAGCAAACACCAAUCAUCAUACUGAGCGACGAUAAUAGCGCUGAUAUGGAGGGUAUAAGUGCUGAAGACAAUCUCAUUGCAGAGUCCCAGAAUGUGGGUCAACGUGUCUAUCAGCGUUUACCGCUUGAUGACAAGCCAUAUGGUUACAAAGUGGGCGUGCAAAGGCAGCGUUUACGACCCGACACUAAUGCAAAUGUAAGACUUAUACAUGAUGAAUCGCCAAAUUUGUCAGAGUCGAUAAGUCAACAGCCGAUUUUUGUGGCCGAGCCGGAGCCACCAGCCGACGACGACAAGGCUGAAUUAUUUGUGGAAGUUUCAAGGCAUGGGGCGCCCAGCCAACAACUCGACAACUUCCAGGAGCAUGCAGAACAAACUUUUCACCAACUGAGUCCAACACCAGAGGCGCCGUCACGUCAGUUUUUGCGAAAUUUCAAUCCGGUGUUGUCUCCGGAGGCGGCCCCCUCAACGCCGAAGGCCUCCUUCCAUUACGAGUCGAAUGCGCUACAGCCGAUUAUCUUCAUACAAGACGGAAAACAAGCCAGUAAUCCGAGUGUGGAAUCUGGUGUGGUUGCAGCAAAAGUUGAAAACGCGGCACAACCUCAGAAGCAAUCCGCCACAGAGCUACCACGCCUGCCACUGCUGCAAUAUGACAAGGAUGCCGCGCAGAUACGCUACUUAAAGGAACAGCAGCUAUUGCAACAACAGCAGCAGUUACUACAACAACAGCAACAAAUUUUGCUUCAGCAACAACAACAAGAGCAACAACAUCAACAACAUGCACAGUUAAUAAGCCAACAACAGCAAUUGCAGUGGCAAGAGAAGCAGCAACAACAAAAAAUACAGCAACAACAACAAAUACAGGAGCACCAACAACAACAACUGACAGGUGAUAAGCGACAACAAACACUUUUUCAACCAACACCACAACAUGAACAACAACAGCAAUUGCAACAGUUCCACAAAGAGCUGCAACAACACCAACAACGUCAACAACCGAUUCAUCAGCAUUAUGCGAUUUAUCAGCAACAUCCGCCUCCACAUGAAUAUAAGCAAGGGAAGCAACAGCAACAGCAGAUCGCUUAUGAGAAGCAACAACAAGCUGUAGAGCUGACACGAAGACUGCAGCAACAGCAGGAAGAAGAGAAACUAAAACUACAACAGCAACAGCAACAGCAAAUACAAGAACAGCUAAGUAUACAACAGGCACAACACGAAGCUCAAAGGCAAAAUAUUCAACAACAACAGCCUUACGCACAGACUCAAUCUCAACAACAACAAUAUGCAACUCAGCCCUCGGCGCCAAGUCCAGCUUCUAAGCAACAGACUCAAAUAUCUGCUGAUUCAGUAGCGGCUCCCGCCUCUUUCAAUCAACAGUCCUAUCACCAUCCUUUAGUGACUCCUUUGUCACACAGAGCUCCAGCCACACCCACGCCUCACAGUGUAGUCUUUGUUACGCUGCACGCGCCCACCCCGCCAUCACAGUUCGUAAAAGCCCAAACCUCGCCACCCACUUACACCCAAAAAUCACCACAUGAGUACGUCUCGGCAGCUGUAAGUGGAGCUGCGACUUCGCAGCAUCCACCACAUGUGUCACCUACACCACCGGCAAUAGUACGACGUCCACAUGGUGGGUAUACAUUUGUCGAAGUACAAAAAUCAGUGAAUAUCCACAACAAACUGAUCACCGAGAAAGAUGGCAAGUUGGUUGAGGAACACGAAACAAUUUAUCCACUGCCACAGUAUACGCCACAGCAAUAUCAGCAGCAGAAGCAACCCGCCGUUAUACAGUCGUCAUCCAAACCCGCAGCUAUUAUCCCGCCACCAUCGCAGCAAGCAACACAGCAGACUGCGAAGCCCAGUGCCACAGAAGCACCCGCAAAUCGAGCUGAGGUCCCGCAUACUCACUAUCCUAUACAAUAUGCCCAACAACUAGCGCUGAUUGAGGAGGGUGUCCAUCCAAAUGACUACAUUCUUGUACCCAAGGAGUAUGCAUCGCUCUCGGCCAAUCCAAUAAAUGUUCAGCACAUCGAUGAACCCGAACAGCAAGAGGAAGCUUCGUCUUACGCUCAUCAACAACAAGUCUUACCACUGCCAAACCAUCGCCAAUCAAACGAGCAUAACCAUGCUGGCUAUGAAAGCGAGCAGCACCCACAAGAAUACGUGCAAUAUGUACAGCAAAAUUAUGCUCAACCCGCCGAGCCGCAUCCUGAUCCACAUCCGGCGCAACAACAAACGCAACACGCUUCUACCGAACAAAAUACUCAAGAAAUACACCCGCAAACGCAGCCACAGCCAUAUACAGAAGAGCACCACCCAGCUGUAGAAAAGGAGGUUGUCGAGCAAGUGGUCACAAAACAGGUUGAGAAAAUAGUUGAGCGUCCGGUACAUAUACCAUACCCUGUGCAUGUACAGCAAUACAUUGAUCGUCCAUAUCCCGUACAAGAGAUCGUCGAAACGCAUAUACCCGUUCCAUAUCCGGUUCCCGAACCAGUCCCGGUACCUGUACAUGUGGAACGCUAUGUCGAUCGUCCUUAUCCAGUCGAAAAGAUCGUUGAGAAGCGUAUACCAUAUCCGGUCGAGAAAGUUGUCGAAAAGAUUAUAGAGAAAGAAAUACCAGUAGAAGUUGAAAAAGUAGUUGAGAAACUAGUUGAUCGUCCAGUGCCCAUACCCAUACGCGUGCCUGUCGCUGUACCAGUACCGUACACGCAUCAGCCACUUCCUGAAUAUAAUGAAAACGCUGAGAUUUACAGCCCUCUCUACCAUCCACAUCCGAAUGCGCUCGGCGGUUGGUCUGAUCAGACUGUAAUCAGCGAUUACGGCGGUCGGCGCCCCACGAAUCUGCAAAUACCGCCGAAAGUUUUGCAAAACUACUAUACACGCAUGCUGAAGAAACUACUGCCACAAGCGUUGGCGCAGCGUGGUACACCAUCGUCUGAAUCGUCAACCUCAAACACGAUUUACACACAUACACAGGCGCGCCCUAAAAAACCAACAACAAGCACAGCAAAUGCCUUGAAGACCACAAAACAACCGAUAUCUGUCUCACCAAGCAGUUCACCAAACAAGCAACACUCCUUCAAGAUCGGCGAUAUACGCUUCGAUUUGAAGCCACCACCGCCACCACCAACUGGUCCCGAAUGGUCGAAGGGUUCGCGUUAUAUUUACAACACCCUGCCGCAUGAUCUUUCCGUGGCAGAUUCGUCUGACACCGAACAGUUGGCGGACACAUAUAAUGGUCCCUUCACGUCACACAACGAGGCCUACGAUGAGUUUCAACGCUGGCGUAACGGUCACACCUUGAAGCGCAGUCCGCAAUUUGGCAGAAAUUUACAAAUGGAGUAUGGUUUCAAGCCGCCACUGGUGCCCUCUGUGGAGAUCAAUGAUCAAGGUAUACCUUUGAAUGCCGAAGAAAAGAAGUCGGAGCAGUAAUUGAAAGUUGGUGUGCGAGAAAGCUGCUUUGGGGAGGUUUUAUACCUAUUUAUUUAUAUAAGCUGUUAAUUAACAUUAAAUGUUUAAGUUUUAUUUAAUUACUUAGCUCGAUUAACUUAUCUACUUUAUUUAAAUUCUGUGCCAAAAUAUCAAGUAAAUAAGAGUCUCCUGCAGCAUCGUUGGAAACACUGUUGUAUCAAAAAUGGAAAACUACCAUAGUCGAAGAAGGUGUAUAUUCACAACCGCAAGCCAGUGGCAUGUGAAAGUUGACACGAUCCGAGGUAUAUCUGGCUUCAAUGCCUUAAA